UACUUUUCCCCAUAUUUACUAAACUGCUCCUGGUGGGAGACCCUGGUAUACGGUGUGCCCCACGGUCUGGUAACAUGUCUAAACUCGUACUACGCCUACGGUAUUAGUAUGUGGCUAUUGAUACACUUUUACCUCGUGUCAAAGUAUUUGGGGCUAAGGCUACGAGCGUUGUCCGAUAGGGUUAGUGAGUGGGACACGAGUCCGACCGGUGUCCCGACCGGACUCACCACCGAUCAAAAGGUAUGGGCGAUGGUCAGGGAGGCAGAGGCCGUAUGCCACGAGACUGACAGCUAUAAUAGCACUUAUUGGUCAAAAUAUUUGGCUACUGUAUGGUCGGUGUUGGGCUCCGUCACUGUGCUAUCCCUAUACGUGAUAUUGUUUGUGUCAAUGGAUAUGUUCACAAAAUUAAUGGUCGGUUUUGCCAUUAUAUUUGCCGUCAAUUUAUUCGCGUUAAACGUAUGGAUAGCAUCCGGCGUGAAUACCAGUGCCAAAAGGCUGUCCAAAUGUCUGGCGGGCUUUUGUUGCCGUAUUACCAGACAUAGAGGCGUUACCUAUAAGUGUAUAUGUCUUAAGAUUAAGCCGACAAUACACCACACGUUUAUAGCGAUGAUCGGCGCAAACAUAUUGACGUUAAUCACAGGCCUAUGGCUAACAUCGGGCGCACUGGGAGGCGAGAUAGGGGUCCCAGUGUUGCUAUGGCAACAGCGACCACUAGCGGACACCGGGGACCUGAGCGCCGGUGUGUUGGCCACCGGUGAACGCGCGUCGACUGUACACCAGUUGGACUCCGGGGCGUUCGGCGACCGGUACCUACCCGUUGGCCACACUAUCGUGGCUUUCGUACAGAACCGGCUGAGUCUGGAACAGUUCACCGCCGAUGACCGGCCCGAGAGUCGACUCCCGGCUGUGCGCCGGCUGUUCACCGAUGUUGCCAUUGCACCGGUAUAUCACUUGUGA